CUCAGCCCCGUUGGUUUCGCCGGGGGCUACGUGGUUCUCCUCAAGGGUUUUGGAUUGGGCACGUGUUUUUCCCAUUUUUGGUAGGUGUUUUUGCGUUUGGUAGAGGGGGAGGGUUUCUUACUUGAUUGUUCAGAUCUCUCAACGAGAGCACCAAAUGAUGGACAGUUUACCCGGGGGGUGUCUUAUCCGAGGGGUUAUUGCGGGAAUAACUAGAGAGAAGUCAGAGCAAAUAGGAGGAGAGAGAGUUGAUUUUAUUAAAUGAACUCGAGAUGUGGAGUUGGGAUCCUUUACAAGGAAAAUUGGGCUGCUAUUUAUAGCAGCAAUAAAUGCGAUGAGAGUACACGUGUCAAUAAUCUGACGACCGAGGGGUCACAUCAAUCGGGUGGCACCGACAGUGGCAUGUUCCCUGCAUUGAAUGCAGUGGGUGGAUGUGACGUCGCAUUAAAUGCGGUGGUUGGCUGUCUCCAAAGGGAAUCUUUGAUGAUUGAGCAUGUUCGGCUGAAGGCUCCUUAUGUAGCCGAGGGCUCCAUGGAACCGAGGACCCCUGUGUAGCCGAAGGCCCUGCGUGGCUGGAGGCUUGGUUCAGCCGAAGGCUUCCCUGAUGUCGAGGGCUUGACUCCGCCGAAGGCUCAUGUUUUUCGCCGUUUUCUCCCAGUAGCUUCGUAUGCCAGAGAAGGCUAUCUUGUGAGUUUUGGAGCCUUCGGCCAAGGAGGCCGAAGGCACCCCAGUGUGUUUUCUGGGCUACUUUGAGGUUUGGGCCGUUGCAUUUGGGCCUGAGUUGUUCUCUGGGCUCAAUGGACUUGUGUAGGAGAAGUAGGAGUCUAUGGACCGGGGGUUCCUGGGCCAUAUACUCCAUCACCAUCCAUUGGAUAAUCUAAGUAUUCCUUAUCAACCUCAACCUUCUAUAAAUACUGAUGUCCUGAAUGAUCACACUUCAUCAAAACCUCUAUCCCACAAUCUAUAUUCUAUCUUGUUUCCUUUACGAGCAAAAUGACUUCAAGAUCAAGUAGUUACACCAUAGCUGAAGACGUUUUGUUGUGUCAAGUGUAUUUAGACAUAACUCAAGACCCGAUCAUCGGCAGAUAUCAAUCUGCAAAUGAUUUCUGGUCACGAGUUGAGGCUAAGUACAACGAACAGCGUCAACAAAAUCAAGAGCAUCGUAAUACACGUUCACUGCAUUCAAGAAUGGAUACAAUAAGUACGCAAGCACGGAAGCUAAAUGGGUGUGUGAAGCAACUUGAGAAUUUAAACCCAAGUGGUGCUUCAGAAAAAGAUAUUCUGGAUCGUGCUAAAGUUUUAUUUAUGCAAGAUCCAAAAUAUUCCAAGGGUUUUAAAUUUGACCAUGUUUGGAAUAUGAUUAAAAUUUUUGAAAAAUUUAAAGAUAAUGUGCCAACUGCAAGACAUGCUGCUCCAAAAAAAAGACAAGUUAAUUACGACUCUUCCCAAUCAG